AUGUCACUCGUGAUGUAUUUUUACAUUUUUAUUUAUAUAAUCGCCAAUUGUCCGUGCAACGUUAUGAAUUUGAAUGUCGGCACAGUUCUAUUUACAGAAUCCGACAUCGCGAAAGAGUGCUGGAGUUCGGACGACGUCGCUCUUCUCACAACGAGAAUGUUCCUCGAGGAUAUCUUGCCGGACACGCACUCCUUAAACAUACACGAUAAUAUGUACGUAAACGAUCUCGUGGAAUACUUUCGACUGCUCCUGGACAUAGUCCGGAAGGACACCCACGGGAAAGCAAACCAAAUAACGCUACACGCUUUGAUUGACGCCCUAGGCGGAUACCUGUACCGGUACGUUUUACCAACGGCCAGAUAUUCGUAUUACGCCGGGUAUAUUAAUUAUGGAAGCAUCGAGAAGCUCGGCAAGCUGUUUGACGAACUGAAGUGCUUUUUACGCACCAAUGGCCGUGGAUGGAUUAAAAGCCGCGGUCCUUCAGGUGUCCGAUUGGCUGUCGAACCUUUGGAACUGCCACUGACGACAGGCGACACCAACCCCUGCAAUACUUUGGCGGUUAUCGAGAGGGAAAUCGGCUGCGUGGAGAUACCGCUCCCGUUUUUGGAUUCGCCCUCAGAGCCCGCCGCGAUCGCGUUGCCAUUCAAAGCGCACCCCCUUCUGAAGAUCGACUCGAAAGAGGCAUCCUACGUGCUAGUUAAAUAUUACAUUGCCGCAACGAAGUGCCUAACCGCACACAACGCCAAUCAGACUGACACCAAGCGGUUCACAAACUCCCUCUUUCAUUGGAUUCAGAGUCAAAUCGUCCCCCUACUCAAUCACGAGAAAUUCUACUCCGCAUUCGGUGGGGUUUUGCGCAUUCUGGAGACGCUGAAGACUAUGGGGGUGCGCAACGAGAAGCAGAUGGGAAAUUACAAUAUAAUGCCAGAAAUGCAAGUGAAGGACGCCGCCGUGAAGUACGACAUGGACGAAACGACCACCGACAAAAAAAAAUCGGAUCUGAUUCUGAUGGCCUUGCUCGCGACCAUCUUCAUAUGGUUUCUGUUGGGCUCCAUCUUCAUAUGCUACCGGAUUAAGGCCGGACGGAAACGCUUAGGCGACGGCGCGGCUUUGUUAAGCAUCAACACCUGCUCGUGUAAGUCAUCGUCGAAGCACUCGACGACGUCCGCAUCCGAAGGGGUGACCUCCUCCGCUUCGAAAAACGAAACCACCACUGACAGUGCCACCACUGUUGAAAGUAAGCGACGCCUAGUCCCAAAGAAGAACAGUUCGCACGUCGUACGCCGCGUAGUCUGUUACAAAACGGAGGGGGAAGUACGCGCGAAAAGCGAUCGAGCCAGAUUCGUUGAAAAUUCGGAAGAUCGCAACUCGCCGAGCGGUCUGGGGGUUCAGACGAGCUUCUCGGACAGAUUCGAGGGCAGCUCGUUUUCCGGCGAAAUCUCGGCGGAUCGGAUUAUGCCGGUUUAUAACAUAGAGUCCUCAUCAUCUGAAAGUGCAAUGUAA